GGUGCUUAAUAUGCAUUUAUUGAAUUCAAAUCUUGGCUUUUAUUAACUCAGUCACGAAGGUCACAUGAGCAGUCGGGGACCAAGUUCCCUCCUCUACAAAUCAGGCGUGAGGCUUGCAGCACCCCCACCCCUCACCUAUCCAUCACACAGUAUGGAUCCUUGAAAGGGGUGACAGCAAGGGCAUACUAGCCUCUUGAUGCCAGUUUGACUAUGGGUGAAUCUCAGAUGAGGAUUGAGGAGCUUAAUAAACCUCAGUGGUGUUUUUGACUAACCUCUCUGGGCCCCCACUUUGCCCCAUGUAAAGCAAUCUCUACGCUAGAAUAGACUCUCCAUGAGAAAAGGGACUGUUUUUGACCUUCUGUUCCAAGCUCCUAAGGCAGAGCCCCUUUUAUGCUCCAAAAAUAUUUGUUUAAUUGAAUCGAUGUAAAAGCUGGAACCUCACCCAGCGUAGAGGGUUGCAAGCUUAGGAACAGAGGCCCCUGGACAUAAGAAUAAGGGGAUGACAAUGCUGAGGCAGAAUGAAGAGGGGAGGACAAGGGAGGGGGAGUAAACGCCCAGCUGAUGUCAGAUUUCCAAAUGAGCAGGGUCCCCUGCAGCCCAGCACAGACUCCACUGCAGCAGAUGCCAUGGGCCCAGACCACCACAGGGGGAUGGGGGAGGUCAGUUUGGCCUCGGCUCCUUCAAGGCCCUCUGGGAAACAUUCUGACCCUCAUCUCACUAUGCUGGUGACAGGGGAGGGCAGGGAGUUAGUCAUUAGCUGGUGCAAGGUGCCCACCCAGGGCAGGAGCCGGCUGUCAGCCUCCCCCACUGGCUGCACGAUUGGUAUGUUCCGGGAUGGGAGCAACUCCUUCUAGCAUCCUUCAUCCUUCAGGUAGUAGUGGUCCAGACAGGCGGUGGUAGCGCUGUGUCACUUGGGACCAGCCCUUGAAGGACGGAGCCCAGUGCCCGCUCCCUUGUGGAGGAUUGCUGUUAUUCUCCUCGGAGCCUGCUAUUUCUAUCAUCUGUGUCAGAAGGCGCCAGGCCACAGGGUGAGACGCCCACCCCGGCCAGAAGGUCUCCGUUUCCCCCAAACCCCCUGGAUCUGCAGGCACUUAAAGCUCGAGAGGCAGGAUGAAAGGAGAGACCCCCGUCAACAGCACCAUGAGCAUCGGGCAAGCCCGAAAGCUGGUGGAGCAGCUCAAGAUAGAAGCCAGCAUGUGCCGGAUCAAGGUGUCCAAGGCGGCCGCGGACCUGAUGACAUACUGUGAUGCUCACGCCUGCGAGGACCCCCUCAUCACGCCCGUGCCCACCUCGGAGAACCCCUUCCGGGAGAAGAAGUUCUUCUGUGCCCUCCUCUGAACGGGCCCCGCCCCCGGCCCCGCCCCCGCGCCCCCGCCGCCCCCGGCCCCGCCCCCACCCUGGACAGCUCCGAGGAGGGCGGCGCGCGCCUGAGGGAGGCUCGGGCCCGGUGGGGGCUCCUGGGAGGCGGAAUAAAAGCAUCGCUCUCGGAGGGA